AUGCCUGGUGUUCCUCCCGACGCUCUUAACCAGGUCAAGAAGGGCUUCAAGCGGUUCUUCAGCCUUCGCAAGAAGGCUGCUAAGAAGACAGCCGAACAGAAGACUGAACCGGCCCCUGCUGCCACUACUGCGACUGCUGCCCCCGUCGCUGCCGCGGCGACCAGUGAGACACCUGCCGAGAAACCCACCGCCCCCGCUGCAACCCCGGACUCUGCCCCAGAUGCUGCUAAGGUGCCUGAGACAAAGGACGCGAGCACCGCGGAGCCUGUCACCUCCUCUGAGAUGACGGCUACUGCCGGUCCCGUCGAGACUCAUUACGAACCUGAGGCUGCUGCCGCUGCGCCUGCACCUGCACCUGCUGAGGCCCCAGUUGCUGAGCCCGAGGCCCCUGCUGCUGCGCCUGCACCUGCUGUGCAGUCUGAGGCGCCUGUCGCUAAGGCUGAGGAAUCUGCUGUCAAGCCCGAGGAGCCUGUCGCUAAGGCCGAGGCCCCUGUCGCCGAGGAACCCGCCGCUAAGGUCGAAGAGUCCGCUGCUCAACCCGAGGCCACUGCUGCUGCGCCUGAGGAAGCUGCCGCCAAGACUGAUGCUCCCGCUAAGUAG